AUGCUUGACGUUAACGAUUUCAUUACUGAGAGGGGUGGAAACCCACAAAAGAUCAAGGACUCUCAGCGCCGCAGAUAUGCUCCUGAAGAGGUUGUUGAUGAAGUGAUUGCCAUGUAUGAGGAUCACCGCAAAACCCAGUACGCAGCUACACAGGUCAACAGCAAGAUCAACGAAACUCAAAAGGAGAUCGGCGCAAAAAAGAAGGCCAAGGAGGAUGCUACUGAAUUAUUGCAAAAGAAAGCCGAUUUAACGAAGGAGAAGAAGACUUGGGAUGACGCCGCAGCAGAGAAAGAAGUACUUUUGAACAAGAAGAUUGGCACGAUUGGCAACUUUGUUCAUGAAUCUGUGCCUGUGAACAACGACGAGGAUCACAACGAAGAACUGCGUAAAUGGGCCCCCGAAGGUGUCACUGUUGAGAAGAAGGACGUUCUUUCACAUCAUGAAGUUCUGACAAGAUUGGAUGGUUAUGAUCCAGAGCGCGGUGUCAAGGUUGUAGGACACAGAGGUUAUUUCCUGAAGAAGUGGGGUGUCUUCUUGAAUCAGGCUUUGAUCAAUUAUGGCUUGGAGUUCUUGGAUAGCAAGGGAUAUACACCAUUACAAACCCCUCAAUUCAUGUUGAAGGAAUACAUGGCGAAGACCGCACAGUUGGAGCAAUUCGACGAGGAACUUUACAAGGUUGUUGAUGGAGAUGCCCAAAACGAUAAAUAUCUUAUUGCUACCUCUGAACAGCCAAUUUCAGCUUUUCAUGCUGACGAGUGGUUGACUGCUAAGGAUAUGCCUAUCAGAUAUGCUGGUUUCUCUUCAUGUUAUAGACGAGAGGCUGGUUCUCACGGUAGGGAUGCAUGGGGAAUUUUCAGAGUCCAUCAAUUUGAGAAGAUCGAACAAUUCGUUCUCACCGACCCAGAAAAGUCAUGGGAGGAGUUUGACCGUAUGAUCAGCUUCUCAGAGGAGUUCUACCAAUCCCUCGGUGUUCCGUACAGAGUUGUCGCAAUCGUCUCGGGUGCUCUCAACAACGCAGCUGCCAAGAAAUAUGAUCUCGAGGCUUGGUUCCCCUUCCAAGGAGAGUAUAAGGAGCUUGUUUCUUGCUCAAAUUGCACAGAUUACCAAUCCAGAGCUCUUGAGAUCAGAUAUGGACCCAAGACACAAACUGGAAUUCGUAAGAACUAUGUCCAUGCACUUAACUCUACUUUGUGUGCAACUGAGCGUGCGUUGUGCUGUCUUUUGGAGAAUUUCCAAACUGAAGAAGGAUUCAACGUUCCAGAGCCACUCCGCAAAUAUCUCCCUGGCGCUCCUGAAUUCAUUCCUUUCUCCAAGGAAUUGCCCAAAGAUACUACAUCCCAAAAAGCAAAGGGUAAGGUCGAGAAAGCACCAAAACCAAAGGUCGCACCCGUUGGUGCUACUCCAGCUGAGGCGGCGGAGAAAUUGAAGGAUAUGUCAGUCUAA